AUGGCGACGAGGAAUUCACGGAGAGAUUAUCACAUUGUCGUUUUGGGUGCUGGUGGUGUUGGCAAGAGUUGCCUAACCGCGCAAUUUGUUCAGAAUAUUUGGAUUGAAAGUUAUGAUCCAACGAUUGAGGAUUCAUAUCGGAAGAUAAUUGAGGUCGAUGGACGGCAAUGCAUGUUAGAGAUAGAACUUUACAUGAAAACCGGUCAAGGAUUCCUACUCGUCUUCAGUAUCACAUCGCAAAGCUCCCUAAACGAACUCAGCGAAUUACGCGAAACUAUUAUACGUAUAAAAGAUGAUGAAAAUGUUCCAAUAGUAAUUGUGGGCAAUAAAAGUGAUUUAGAACAAGAUCGAAUGGUUAGUAGACAAGUGGCUUUUAAUAUUAGUCAAAGUUGGGGAAAUGCGCCAUAUUAUGAGACGAGUGCUAGGAGGAGGGCAAAUGUAGAUGAAGUCUUCAUAGAUCUUUGCAGGCAAAUUAUUCGUCGAGAUAAUAAUCGAUCGACGCCGGAAUGUGAUGAUGAGGUUCAUUCGCCGGUUGAUAAAAAACAUCAUAGGAUGAGGAGGUUGGGGAGAUGUGUUAUUUUAUGA